AUGGAUUAUGUAAACAGGGCAGACAUCACGGAGCCUCGAUUUGCGGGAGAACUGGACGACAAGGCAAAGUGUAUCACGCUCCAUCGGUUGGGGGAAAAAGGCCUUGUGACAUUCAGUAGUGCUGUGCUGAUUUUGAAGCGAGCCUGGUAG